ACCGAAAUUUAGGAAUUUGGAUUCUCUAUUAGAUGGUGAAGACAAAACUUAAUAGCCAAAAUUAUGGUUUUGAAAGAAUUUAAAAUUGAAGAUUAUUUUUUUAAUAUUUUUUGAGUUAUGAGAAUUCAAAGGAGUUUUGAUUAAAAUAAUACACUUGCGCCGAGGUAUGAACAUAAUCUACGGCAAACAAACUCAAACUCGUCAUUGACCAAAGGAGAGCAAACAAAGAGAAUCAGCAAUGGCUAUCAAUGGACAAACUUCAACUUGGUUCUUGAUCUUCACCGCAAUAUUAUUCAACCCAAUCAACGGCCACGAAUUCCCCUUCACAGAAACAACAAUACAGGAGAUUCAAUCGGCCUUUGCUAAAAAGAAGCUGACAUCAAGACAACUGGUGGACUUAUACAUGACCCAGAUCGAAACCUUAAAUCCUCAACUUCGCAGCGUGUUAGAAGUGAACCCAGAUGCGAGAAGCCAAGCAGAAAAGGCUGACGUGGAGAGGGAGAGAAACGAGGGUUGUAGAUUCUUAGGAGAGCUACACGGUGUUCCAGUGUUGUUAAAAGACACAAUUGCCACCAAGGACAAGUUGAAUACCACCGCUGGGUCUUUCGCGUUGGUGGGGUCUGUGGUGCCGCGUGAUGCCACCGUUGUGGAGAGGUUGAGAAAUGCCGGGGCUGUUAUUUUGGGAAAGACUAGUCUCACUGAGUGGUACAGCUUUCGGUCUUUAGGCAAAGUUCCUAAUGGGUGGUGUGCUAGAGGGGGACAAGCCCAGAAUCCUUACCUUCCAUCUGGAAAUCCAUGUGGGUCAAGCAGUGGAUCAGCUAUUUCGGUUGCAACAAAUAUGGUUGUAGUUUCACUUGGGAGUGAAACUCAUGGCUCCAUCCUCUGUCCUUCUGAUCAUAACUCUGUAGUUGGAUUUAAACCAACUGUUGGACUCACAAGCCGAGCUGGUGUCAUCCCAGUUUUGCCCCACCUCGAUACCAUUGGACCCAUAAGCAGGACUGUUUCUGAUGCAGUUUAUGUGCUUGACGUGAUUGCCGGAUUCGACCCAAGAGAUUAUGAAGCAACAAGCGAAGCAGCCAAGUACAUUCCCAUAGGAGGUUACAAGCAAUUCCUCAACCAAGAUGGGCUUAAAGGGAAGAGACUAGGGGUUGUCAGACAUCCUUUUGUGAACUCUCUAAAUGGAUCCACCAUCUUUAUAGCUUUUGAGAGACAUCUUAACACACUAAGACAAAAUGGUGCAACUAUAGUAGACAAUCUAGAAAUAGCAGAUGUUGAUGUAAUUGUAAACCCUGGUAGAAGUGGGGAGCUGACUGCAAUGCUGGCUGGGUUCAAGAUCUCUGUAAAUGAUUACCUGAAGGAGCUUAUUUCAUCUCCUGUGAGGUCACUUGCUGACAUUAUCACCUUUAACCAAAAUAAUGAAGAUCUGGAGAAGACUGAAGAGUACGGUCAGGCCACAUUCAUAUCUUCAGAGAAGACUAGUGGGUACGGAGAAAAAGAGAGGAAGGCGUUUGAAUUAAUGGAGAAACUAUCGCAGGAUGGAUUUGAGAAAAUGAUGGCAGAAUAUGAACUGGAUGCAAUGGUGACACCGGGUGUUGGUGCCAUUCCUGUGCUGGCAAUCGCUGGCUAUCCAGGGAUUACUGUCCCAGCAGGUUAUGAUAACAAUGGGAUGCCUUUUGGCAUAUGUUUCGGGGGAUUAAAAGGUACCGAACCAAAGCUAAUAGAAAUAGCUUAUGCGUUUGAGCAGGCUACUAUGAUAAGGAGGCCUCCUUUCUCCAAAUCAUAUGGAUUGACAAAAGAUAAUUUUGUUCAAAGUAUAUGAUGGUUUUGAUGUCAUGUAUUUUUCUGGAAGAUAUUGUUGUAACAUAUCCACAGAUGCAUGAAACUAAAAUGGCAGUCUGGCAGUUGUAAAAUUGUUGUGUCCAUCGGAAUAAAUUGAAUGAGAGAAAAAAAUAAUCCAUUUUGUAUAUUCUAACAUAGCAUU